CCAUGUGUAGAGACUCAGGCGGCCGGUAAUGUCACCGCAAUAAUAACCCGGCCCGCGCUGUGCUCGUUGCUGUCGGUGAUGGCGGAGCUGCGUUGAUAGAGCAAGCGGGAGUAUGAAUUUCAAAUAAAAACGGAACGUAGCUCUUGUCGGCGCAUGACAUCAUGGAAAGGCGCUCUGAGUGUGAUUGGCUGCCUGUUGACCAAUAGCGAGAGACCCGGAUGCUGAUUGGCAAAUGGGCAGUGGGAGUCAGGUUGAUCCCUGCAUCUGUUUUUAAAGUGCACCAAUAUUUCUGAGGCGUGGUUACUAUUUCAAGAAUGGAGGAGGUUUCAGAUCUGGAGGAGCAGUUGGCAUCCGUUUCCAGUGAGAUUCAAGCCUUAGGGCUCCAGAUUCAGGAACUUCUGGAGAGGCAGCAGUUACUGGUUGAAAAGGAGCAGGUACUAAAGAAGAAGAUAGAAUCGUUGUCUGCGGAUGACGGGGCUGGAUCAAGUGCAACACUUGCCAUGUCUGUGGAGGACUGGAACAAGAGAGAUUUUCCAUGGUCACAGAAGGUGGAUGAGACUUUGAAGAGUGUAUUUAAACUGCAAACCUUCCGACCAUUGCAACUUCAGGCCAUCAAUGUUACAAUGUCGGAGAAGGAUAUCUUUCUGAUAAUGCCGACAGGUGGUGGGAAGAGCUUGUGCUAUGAGCUGCCAGCUGUCUGCUCCAGUGGAUUCACUCUGGUAAUCUGUCCCUUAAUUUCAUUGAUGGAAGAUCAACUAAUGGUCCUCGAACAAUUAGGUAUUGCAUCGACAAUGCUGAAUUCCAAUAGUACUAAGGAACAUAUAAAGUGGGUCCAUGAUGAAAUGCUGAACAAGUCUUCCAAGCUGAAGCUUCUGUAUGUGACUCCAGAGAAGAUUGCUAAAAGUAAAGUCUUCAUGUCCAAGCUGGAAAAGGCAUACAAUGCAGGAUGCCUGACGCGUAUUGCUGUAGAUGAGGUUCAUUGUUGCAGUCAAUGGGGUCAUGAUUUCAGACCUGACUACAAGAGCCUUGGUAUCCUGAAACGUCAGUUCCCAAAGACUCCGUUAAUUGGAUUGACAGCAACUGCAACAAGCAAUAUCUUGGAAGAUGUGAAAAAAAUCCUGUGCGUUCCCAAAUGCCUCAUGUUUACAGCUUCCUUCAACAGACCCAAUCUGUUUUAUGAGAUUCGUCAAAAGCCAGCAAGUUUUGAAGCCUGCAUUGAAGAUAUAGUCCGAAUGAUCAAUGGACGUUACAAAGGGAAAUCUGGAAUAAUCUAUUGCCUUUCUCAGAAAGAUACUGAGCAGGUCACCAGCAGUCUGCAAAAACUCGGCAUUGCAGCUGGGUGUUACCAUGCCAACAUGGAGGCUGCUGCGAAGACUAAAGUUCAUAAGGACUGGACUUUAAACAAAAUAAAGAUUGUUGUGGCAACAGUGGCAUUUGGCAUGGGUAUUGAUAAAGCUGAUGUGCGAUUCGUGAUCCAUCAGACUCUCAGCAAAUCAAUGGAGAAUUACUACCAAGAGAGUGGACGGGCAGGUCGAGAUGACCUUAAAGCUGAUUGUAUUUUGUAUUAUGGAUUUAUGGAUAUCUUCAGGCAAAGCACAAUGGUGGUUAUGGAGAAUGUAGGACAGCAGAAACUGUAUGAGAUGGUGGCGUACUGUCAGGAUUCACAAAGGUGUAGACGUGUGCAGAUAGCACAGUAUUUUGAUGAAGUUUGGGAUUCGACAAAGUGCAACAAAAUGUGUGACAACUGCAACAGUGAAACAUCAUAUGAAAAGGUUGAUGUCACAAGUUACUGUGCGGACCUGAUCAAAAUCCUGAAACAAGCUGAACAGCUCGGUGAAAAGCUCACCCCACUGAAAUUAAUUGAAGCCUGGAAUGGAAAAGGUCCUUCCAAACUCCGGGUGGCUUCUGUAAGCCCUCCAAAUCUCUCCAGGAGUGAAAUGGAAGAACUAAUUGUCCACCUUCUUCUGGAACAAUACUUGAAAGAAGACUUCAGCUUUACUGCGUUCGCCACAAUUGCAUACUUGAAGGAAGCGCCCAGGGCAAACCUGCUGAACAAUAAGAAGCAUGUCAUUUCAAUGCGUAUGAAAUUGAGAAGUAACAAGUUGGAUUCUUCUGCUGAGGAAGUGCCAGAAAAAGUCACAAGUGCUCAGCAGAAAGAGACUGGGAAUAAGCGUAAACAGACUUCUACUGCAGGCAAAAUAACCCCGAACAAGAAAAGCAAGGUGCCAGAAGAUAACCCAUUCAUCCUGGACUGAUUCGCCUCCACUCGAACAGAGGAGACUGUUCCACUAAUGAGGUGAAUUAAUAGUUUUUCAGUUUGGAACAGAAUGUGGAGAGAAGAGAGAUACUGACAAUUAGAAAGCUUUCAGCAAAAACAAGCUUGCCAAAACUCCUCAGCUGAGGGGGAAAAGAAAGGGUUAAGCGGAGCCCUAAUGCUGCAGAAGUAUGAUUUGUAAUCACAAACGUCAUUAUAUGCUCCAGCUAAAAAUCUGUUUCAGAACUAACAGCUCCACAAAAUGUGGAGUAUUGCUUGCAGUAAUCAGCAAUAUUACAAAUUUUGCACAUUUUAAGCAUGAUUUUUUUAAAAAAGCUAUGCGUUUUUGCAGUUAUUGAGGUAAGCAAUAGAAUGGUGAGAAUGGGUGGCUAGGGACUUGAACAAAUCAAUGUGGAAACAAAUGUUUACAAUUUCAAAAAAUUGAAAGACAGGCGAUAAUCAUAAUGGCAAAGGAGUCUCGCCAAAAACAAUUUAGCGUCAUAUUUCCUAAAUUGAUGCACACACCAUUUUCACUCUUCACUGCAAUGUUCUAUCAUCUAGGCUAAAAUGAAAAUUUCACCUGAAUGACAAAUCUAUUUCUCUCUGAUCACAUGACUAUAGUUACAAGCUGCUGAAAGUGGAGCACCUUAUACAUUGAUAAAACUGGUCAAGAUAAUGUUUUGUAGUUUUUGUAAAUAAGUGCAAUAAAAUAUUGCAUCACUUUUAUAUGUUAAUGAUUUAAUUUUGCCUAGGGCAAAGCUGUACCAAUUUUGUGUCUAAAUUGUUUGUGGAAUUGUAGAUUUUUCACAUUUUCUUUUUAGACAAUGCCACUAAUCAUGCAGUGCCGUUGCACUGUGCACCAUGGUUGAAUGAACUGGCAUUUCUAUAGGGGCUUUUGACAUCAGGAUGUCUCAAAUUGCUUCUCAGCCAGUUAAGUACUUAUGAAAUGCAGUAACCAAUUUCCACGUAGUAAUGUGGUAAUGACUGAAAUUUUGAAAAGGAAGAGCUCCUGACUCUCUCACAACUGCUGUGGGAUCUUUAACCUCCGCCUGGAGAGGAGACAGUUUCUUUCUAACAUCUCAUCCAAAAAACAGUGCUGUCAUAACACUGCACUGAAAUCAUUACCUUAAUUAGACACUUGAAUGCAUGACCUUCUGCCUCAGAUGGAAGAGUGUACCGCUGCUACAAUAUAAGUCGUGGUGUAAACCAGAAUUGGGUUGAGAUGGGUGUAGGAUGUUGGAGCUGUAAAGUGCUGCACCAUAGAGUGCAAGGUCCACCUGAUAACGGCUUGCUCAAUCUUCACUAUAUCAGGCUGCCUUUGGAAAUUUAAUACUGCUUAUUGCUGGAGAGCAAAGACAGAAAAAAAAAAAUUGCCUUUGGUUCAAAUUAAUGCACCAAUCUUGAGAUUGCAUUGACAAAGGGUGUGGGAAUAUGUUGGUAUUAAGAACUCUCCACGCCUACCUCUGUCCUAUACUUUGAGAUUGGGAGCAGUUGUAUAUACACUGAGGCACACAGAAGGGAUCAAAAAUAACAAAAAUGGCCCCAGCUGGGAAUUGCACCACGACAUUGGUGUCCACCAUCCCACAGCAUAUCUGAUCUGUCAUGGCCACCACAUCACAGCACCCAUGGAACGGUAUUCACUUUGUGAUCAUUUACAUAAUUAGAUAAAGAGUUUACCAAUUGAGAGAAAAUUUACACCAUCAUUGGUUAAAACAGCUUUUUGAUUUCUGAAGAUUUAGUAAAAUUAUAAAACUGUAAAAAUAUCUUAAUUAACUUUAUGAAGUUUAUUUCCAGAGUUGUCUAUAAAUGAAGUAUACUUUAAUUCGAAAGGAAACAAUGAGACUGUCAAUAUGUGGAACAGAUUGUGGCAUUUUGUGUGGGUGCUCCUCAGAUAAUUCUGCUGAACAGUACAAAGCCAAAAUGGCAAAAGCCUUGUCUGUCUGUACUAUUCACAUGACUUAUUGAGUACUUCAAGUACCUAUUUCUUAACACAAUCAUGAGUUUGGGUCGAGUUUUCACUCCUGUUGACCAUCAGUAAUAACCGGUAGAGAACCCAUAGUCGAGUAGCACAGUGUCAGUGAUAAUUGCAUCAGCAUAAAUAGAAGGCAGCUCUUGCUGUGACUCGGAAUCUGGAGCAUUACUGAUGUUUGGCACAAUUAUGAUACCUGUUUGUUCAAUAUUGUCAAUUUUGGUAAACCAAUCAUUCCAUCAGCAUUUAUUCAAGUACACCACUGUUUUUAUUUCCAUAUUUCUGCAUUUUAUCUAUAAUGUAUUUCAAGUUAUUGCUUUCUUUCAUAUGAUGUGCUGUCCCAUGCUUUGUUGAAAUAAA